GCUAACUGCCCGACGCAAAACCAGUUGAACAUUUUCUAGCGCGCAUGUUCACCGUUAGUAACAUUUUGUACCUGAAGAGAUCACAUCGGAUUGCGUGCCGUCGCUAAACACUGAACAAACCUUGUGUUUUUUUAUUAUUAUUAUUAAUUAUACAACGUAAAAAUGUCUGCAAUUUAUCAUAAUUCCAUGGCAGCUUUGGAUAAAUUCGUGCCUAACAAACUACGACCUCUGUGGCAACAUCCUGCAGGACCAAAAACAGUUUUCUUUUGGGCUCCUAUAUUCAAAUGGGGAUUAGUUGUCGCAGGAAUAAGCGAUUUACAAAGACCUGUGGACUCAAUCAGUAUACCACAAACAGCAGCAUUGGCAGCAACCGGUGUGAUAUGGGCGCGUUACUCCGUUGUUAUCAUCCCGAAAAACUACAGUUUAUUGAGCGUCAAUUCGUUCGUCGCCGUCACGCAGCUGUAUCAACUGUUCCGCGCCGUACGUUAUCAACAGAGCUUAAAGGCUGCCGCAUGAAUUUCAACGAUCCUAGGCGAAUAUUAAAUUUUUAUGUAUAGGUACACAGUACAUGUGUGUACCUUUACAUUUACCAUUAAAAUGUUUAUGUAAAUAUUAUACAAUUGUUACGAUAACGAGAAUAAAACGUUGGGUGGGUUUUUAAUGUUUAUAAA